AUGGAGGCGUUGAGAGCAUUGCCUUCGACUACUCAGCUUAGCAAGACUGUAGUGCGGAUACUUGGGCAGAAUCCCGGUCCCUACACACUCCAAGGAACAAACACCUAUCUUGUAGGCGAACGCAAUCCCUACAUCUUGAUCGACACCGGAGAAGGCAAGGAUGCGUAUAUUCCUUUGCUGGAAGCUGCGCUACGAGAUGCCUCGCGGCCUCAUGCGGUAGACAGGCCCUAUGUAUCGGACAUUAUCCUGACCCACAAACACCAUGACCAUACCUUCGGGCUGCCUUCGGUCCUGGACUUGCUUAAACGACUAUGGGCCACGCAUUGUGGGUCUGAUCCCGCUCCGUACCAACCACCCCGCAUCCACAAGUAUCCCCUAACCAUUCCCGACACACGAUUCCGCACCGUGCUCGAUACCCUAUCCUCGAUACCAAGCGACUCAUUUACUCCCGACUCCUCGGGCAAUCACAUCCACGAGCUACGACAUGGCCAGACAUUGGAUGUGACGACGGUCUCUGCAACGCCGACGUCCGUCCUUGAAGUCUUACACACUCCGGGACACACCACCGAUUCUCUCUGCCUCUACUACCCGACGGACCGUGCCCUCUUCACUGCCGAUACCGUCCUUGGUCAUGGCAGCACCGUCUUCGAGGAUCUACGUACAUACAUGUCUAGUCUGCGCACGAUGAUCGACUUCAGUGAAGGCGGUGCGAAGUAUGGUCCGGUGUAUCCAGGACAUGGACCCGUGGUAGAGGAGGGCCUGAAGCACGUCAGUGGGUAUCUGCAGAACAGACAAGCUCGAGAGGACCAGAUCGUCCAGGCGCUUCAGUCGCUUCCAUCAGAGGAAUACUGUACAACUUGGACUCUUGUAUCCGCCAUCUACAAGGACUAUCCUCGAGAAUUGUGGGACGGCGCAGCCCGCAGUGUGGACAUGCACCUGCGCAAGUUGGAGGCGGAUAAUCGAGUUGUUUGUCAUGGAGGGGAUGGUAAGCAUAUGGAGUGGGAGCUCGUGUAG